CCCAGGUGAGGUUUUGUGGGUAAACGUGUGACAUCAUGGCUCAGGUGCUGCACAUGGACCCCAGCUUCCCAGGAGGGAAGCUUACCCCGUCCGCUCCCCCCUCUCUGCACGGGAAGGAGCAGGAGGCGCCCUACUCUGUGGAGACCCCCUACGGCUACCGUCUGGACCUAGACUUCCUCAAGUAUGUCAACGACAUUGAGAAGGGAAACACCAUCAAGAAGGUCCCGGAGCGCCGGCCCCGCUACGGGUCUCUGCCCCGGGGGUACGGCUACACGGGCUCCUGGUGGACCUCCACAGAGUCCCUGUGCUCCAACACCAGCCAGGACAGUCGCCAAUCAUCCUUCUCCUACUGCGCCCCGGGCUACCACCCACACAACUCCCACUCCCAGAGGCCCAGCUUCAGCACGGCCCGGGUGGAGAAGACCCUGCUGGACGCCCGCAGGAAGUUGGAGGAAGAGAAAGAAGGGGGCCCCAGGAGGUUCUCCAGCACACUUGGUAGCAUGCACAACAGCAUGGCCGGAUCCACCACCUCCCUGAGCAGCGCCCACAGCUACAACCGCACCCAUGGAGGAGGAACGGGCUCCUUCACCCCCAUGAGCUCCGGCCUGUCCACGCCCGUGUCGCCCACCCCGGCCCACCUGCAGCAUGUAAGAGAGCAGAUGGCGGUGGCUCUGAGGAAGAUCCGGGAACUGGAGGAGCAGGUGAAGACCAUCCCCGUGCUACAGGUGAAGAUCUCUGUGCUGCAGGAGGAGAAGAGGCAGCUAAGCGUCCAGCUGAAGAGCCAAAAGUUUCUGGGACACACCCUUGGCUUCGGCAGAGGGCCGGCCCGAGGGGAGCUCUACAUCGACAUCCCAGAGGAGGAUGUGAGCUCUGGAGCUGGAGCCACCAUCAGGGUUGCAGCAGGGCCUCUGUCCCCCACCACUCCCACCACCCCUGAGGGCUCCAGGCCGCAGGCAGACUCAGGCUGUGAGAUUGAGGACACGGUGAUCGUGGGUGGAGCACGGCCGGCUGGGCAGAGGGAAGUGCGUACCAUUGGGGUGGGAUCAGAGGAGGCGAGGGGCAGCCAGCAGGUGGAUGUGGGCAUUGGGGUGAAGGAGCAGGACCUAGGGCUGGUGCCGGAGACAGAGGCCCUGAAGAGCCAGGUGGGCCAGCUGGAGGGCCAGCUGAAGAGUACGAUGCAGGAGCUGCAGGCUGCCCAGCAGCAGGUGCAGGCAGCUAAGAGGGAGAGGCAGGUUCAGGCCCCCCAGGCAAACCACUCGGUCAGGGCCACCAGUCUGAGCUGGCAGGAGCAGCAGGGACACAGCCUGCAAACGGUAGUCAGCUUUACCCAGCAGCCCCAUCACCGGGCACAGAGGACUGUGGGAAUCCAGGUGUACACGCUGGAGCAACCAGCCACUGUGGUGGGGGUGGGCACGUUGCUCGAGCAGAGGGGUGCAGCUCCCCUCCCUCCCUCCAGGUGGUACAGUCCUGGAGGAACCCCUGAGGACAUGCACAGGCCCUGGGCCCAGAGGGUAGAUGCAGCUGUUGAGCUGCCCAUCGCCAUCUCCUCCAAACAGGUCCGAGAGGUCCUAAGAAGUGAGCUGUCCACCUCUGUGCCUGUCACUAAUCCUGCCAUCGCCAUUGAUACCAUUGGUAAUCAGAUGGCUUUGCUGCAUCUGAAGGAAGGAGAGACACCCCAGCACACUGCCAUAAACACCGUCCAGUCUCAAGAAGAGCCAUCAAAGCCAGCUGCAGCAGCCUCUCCCCAGACAGCCCUGAGGUCCAUUAUGAAACGUAAGGCAGAAGGAGAACCUGGCUCUCCAUCCACCAAGAAGAACCUGCAGUUCACUGGAGUCAAUGGAGGGUAUGAGUCCACCUCGUCAGACGACAGUAGCAGUGAGAGUUCAGAGGAGAGUGAUGCCAGUGAAUAUCAUGAGACCACAGAGAAACUCCCAGAAGCACCAGAGUCUGCAGCGGGACGGCACCAGCAAUCAGCAGCAGUCCCAGUCUCCUCCACAAGGCUAGAGCAUGUCACUCCGCUCCCAGCCACUACCGUCCAACCACCAGCCUGUCAACCUGCCUCUGAGCGGAGCACCAGCCAAUCGGCAGCAGUCCCAGUCUCCUCCACAAGGCUAGAGCAUGUCACUCCGCUCCCAGCCACUACCGUCCAACCACCAGCCUGUCAACCUGCCUCUGAGUGGAGCACCAGCCAAUCGGCAGCAGUCCCAGUCUCCUCCACAAGGCUAGAGCAUGUCACUCCGCUCCCAGCCACUACCGUCCAACCACCAGCCUGCGAACCUGCCUCUGAGCGGAGCACCAGCCAAUCAGCAACCGUAAGCAUGGGACUGCAGCAUCUAGCCACCUUAUCACCAACCUUGAACACUGCCGUGCAACAAUGUGCCUCUGACUCUGCUCCCACUGAGACGACCUACCCGUCUCCAGCCAAUGACUGUGUCCGUCAGGGGAGUAUUGUCCAAUCAUCGGUCCCAGACCCCAUCCCUCAGGAGUGUACCUCCAUAAAUACUAGCACUGAACCCACUACACCUGAGCAGUGCAUCGUGCAAUCAGCUGCUACCUGUUCUGCACCCCCCAAGCCACCCAGAUGCCAACCAGAAGCCACUAACCCGGAAGUAAUGCAGGGUGUCACCCAAUCAAAUACCACUGAUGUCACCGUUCAGCUAGAUGCCAUCAAAUCACAAACUACUGACCUCGCCCCUCAGCAUUGGGCCACCCAAUCAUCAGCUACUGAACAAAGCUCCCAGCAGAGGAGAGUCCAGUCACCAGCCUCGACACCAACACCUGGAAACGCCCCAAGUGCUGCUGGAGCAGCCAAUCAAGAAACCAGACUGGAGUUCAGUGAGAGCCUGAUGGCAUCUCUCCAUGCCCUGCAGAAAGCCCUGGGUGAACCAAAUGCUUUCAGCCAGCACGCAGCAAGGACAGCCUACACCACGGUGCUCCAGGAGUGGCUUCGUGUGUCCUGUCACAAGGCAGCUGACACUGCCAUGGUCAGGGCCUAUAUGGAUACCUUCUCCUCCGUCUCCCCACAGCUGCUGAAGUUUGUGGUCAAUAUGGCCGACGGCAACGGCAACACGGCCCUGCACUACACCGUCUCCCACUCCAACUUCCCUGUGGUCAAGCUGCUGCUGGACACUGGCCUGUGUAACGCUGACAAGCAGAACAAGGCCGGGUACACAGCCAUCAUGCUGACAGCUCUGGCUGCCUUCCACUCUGACAGUGACCUUCACACCGUCCUGCAGCUGCUGCGCACAGGGGACGUGAACGCCAAAGCCAGCCAGGCGGGUCAGACGGCGUUAAUGCUGGCAGUGAGUCACGGGCGAGGGGACAUGGUACGGGCGCUCCUCUCCUGCGGGGCACAGGUCAACAUCCGCGACGACGACGGCUCCACGGCGCUCAUGUGUGCCUGCGAGCACGGCCACGUCGACAUCGUGCGUCAGCUGCUGUCUGUGCCAGGCUGUGAUGUCACUCUCACUGAUAACGAUGGCAGUUCAGCCCUGUCCAUAGCCCUGGAGGCCAGUCAGAAUGACAUCGCUGUGCUUCUCUACGCUCACCUCAACUUCGCCAAGCCUCCUUCCCCUGUAUCACCAAAGUCUCCUCUUUUGGGAUCCUCUCCCCCCUCUGGUGAAACAAAGUGACCACACUGUAAGAUACCUUUUGGAGAAUUUAGCAGCACCUCUUCAACCAGCUCCUCAACCAUUCCACCACAAGUGUUGAUAUCUGUGUAUAUGUGUGUGUGCGUUCGUGUGUGUGUGUGUGUGUGGGAGAGUGAUUGUAAUGGUCUUUUUCCUCUUCUCUCUGUCUGUUCUCUCUGUAUGUCCUGUAUGUGCACGUCAGCAUGAAACCCAGCACUUGACACGAUCCUAGCGCAUCUUUUCUUGAAACGGAAAGGAAUUCAUCGUGAUGCUGUACUCACAUGUAGUUGUUUACGCACAAGAGUCCGUUGUUUGUUGUUGUUAGUGUCGGUUGAAAUCAAUCUCUGAUAAUAGUCACAUGACAGAAUAAGCCGUUCCCCUUGUUACAGAUCAACACACAAACUCAACUCAGCAAUAGUCCCACUUACAUUCCUUUUGUGUCUUUUAUUGCCACUAGAUGAGCAAGAUUGUAUUACUUUACCGUAGUUCAUUAUUGUCGCUUAUUGUUUUGUUUCCGUUGAAUUUGUUACUUAUUACUGUUCCAGCGAUAUAUGUAAUUCUAUUUAUCAUUGAUAAUCGAUCAGUUGCAGUGACACAGUCGGAAUAUGUUGUGUCUGAUCACAAUCAUUUAUGGAAUGCAUAAAGUCACCCAUAUCACUGUGAAAUGAUUAAUUGACCCGUAUCAUUCUAAAACUACAAAAUCACCCAUUUCAUUCUAAAAUACACAUAUCUCUCUGAAGUGUCCUUUAUCGAUUGUAUCAGUCAGCUGAUUGGUGCUAAAACAAUUCUGAUACAGGACUCCAGUUUAAUUCCGUACAAAAGAUGGAGAUUCCUACACAACCUUUAUUUACCCGAGAGUAUUUUUGAUAGUGUCUUUUUAUUCAAUUCAAAUGUCACAUAGGUAACGGUAUGGAUCUCCAACACUGUUAAACAGAUGACAACCUUUACACACAGCAUUGCUACUUUAGAUGUCAGACACCUAGCUGUGAAGAGGCCUACAGCACCCUUAUCAGGACACUGUUGUUUUAAAUUAUGGUCUUACUGGCUAACUUCCAACCACAUUUUAGUCGUCGUAACGGUUAACCAUUUUUUCCCGAAUUUUUAUCCAAAGAUCUUCCCCUCAUAACAAACUCUUUUGUUACACUGUAUGUUGUGGUGAUCCGUCUGAGUGUGAAGAUAAUAAUAUGUGUUGACCAGACAGAUAAUUCCCAACAAAACAUUUGGUAACGGCAACAUUAUCGUCGAGGUCAAUAACAUUUGUAAUGUUCAUGAGAAGGCAACUAGAAAUGGUAGCUACUCAAACUGUCCCAUAAAGGUACUACAUUUCUGAAAUGAAAGAUUGUUUAUUGUUUUGAAUAAAGGAUUUAUGAGUGGUUUUACUGAGGGAAGGAGUGACGUGGGGUGUUUGGGUACUGACUAGGGUGUGUAAGGUGGUAGGCAAGGUUAAAAUUCCUGUUCAGUGGCCACCCUUUUUGGAUUGGUUGGUAACUAGAAAGUGACAGAAUGGACUAUGGAGCUAUUGAAGAAUUUGCAUUGUAAUAUAGGUAUACCAAAAUUAUAAUAAUAUAUGACAUUAUUCUACAGUAGUAGUGAUGCAUAAAAUUAUAAUUUAAAAAUGAUUGAUGUCCAGAAUACAGAAAUACACUGAGUAUACCAAACAUUAAGGACACCUUCCUCAUGUGGAGUUGCCUCACCCUCUGAAUGGCACACAUACACAGUCAUGUCUCAAUUGUCUCAAGGCCUGAAAAUCCUUCUU